CUGAUGCCGCCCCUGCCUUCAUAAGAUACGAGCGCUGCCUUGCGGUCAAUGGCCGCCAGAAGCUGUUGCUGCGACGCCGUACAGACCGGCUGCACGCGGAACAGGCCGGUGGGGCUGGUGCUGCUGUACAUGGCUGCGGCGGCUGCGGAGACAGUGUUGCGCGUGCCCGGCCCCGUGAGCGCCACAGGCGCCGGUUGCCCCGGCACCUUCAAGUGCGUGAUGGGCUCCUGCGCGCCGGCUGCUGGCUCGUCAGCCUGCCGAUGGAACCAGCGAGUGCCCCGCUCCCCAUGCUCCUCCAUCAGUGCAGCGUGGGCAUUGUGGCUGGCCGCUGCGGCAGCUGCCCGCUCCUCCCGCACCGCCAAGUUGGCCAUGGCCGCAGCCUGACGCUGCGCGGCGCUGGCACCCGGCCGGUCGGCCAGGGCAGCGGCCGCGUCUGCGGCCUGCACCACGCCAUGCAGCCCAUCCCGGGUCUGGCGUGCAUGCCGACGGUGGAUGCUGGUGGCGGCCUCCCGCAAGAAGAACUUGUCCGCCUCCCAUUGCGUGCAAGCGCCGUCACCUGUACUGGCCACGGGAUUUGCGGCAACGUGCGCCUCCAAGCGCUGCUCGAGCUCCAAACGCAGCGAGGGGUGAAACAGCAGGUACGUGGGGAAGCGAUCACCGGAUCGCUAACUCAGUUAGCGAUUUGACUCGUCCUUACGGCAGAAGGGACCCGGGUACGAAUCCGGAUAAAAGCCCAAUUAUGCAAAAGGCGAAAGAUUGGUGCGAAACCGAUUGGUGAUCCCACGAACGAUAGGUAAUUGCCCUUAGUGGCAAUUGCGGGCUUACGCCCGCUGCAUCCUAGAAAGGUCGUGGUGCAGAAGUCCGAUUUAGUGGCGAGGUCCAAGGUUCAAGACAAGGCUCAAGAUCCAAGGCUCGAGGAGGAGCGCCAUGGCUCCUCGGUUUGCACGAACUGGCAGUGCUCCACUACUAUAACGCGGCGUUUCCCUAGCUCGAUAUGCUAUGUGUGCAGGCUUGGAUGUAGUGGACUUUGAAGAGCGGCCUAGGACUUGGAGGUUGUAGUUUCGGAGGUUGUGACUCUUUCGUGGUGAGGCGUCAGCGUGAGGGGGGCGGGCCCUCUCGCCCUAGUCACCUUGCCCCGUUAAUCCAUGCCAGGCCCUAUGGGCCGGCGUUGUAAUUAUUAUUAUUA